UCACACACAAGUUGUUGAAUCAAUCAUGUCAACAGAGUCAUGUACACACACGCGCGCACACGAACAUAUGGAUCGAUCACACAACAAGGUCAGCCUGCCGUCCUGUCCUCUGCCACCAAUCAGCGAAAAAGUCCCCUCGAUCCCCCCCUCACUCACUCACUCACUCCACAGUUUGUCUGUCGUCUGUCUAUCUAUGUAUCUAUCUACAAGGCUAGCUCCCGCGCUGCAUUCAGCCAGACCACUGACUGUGUGAGUGUGUGCCUGGCCUGUGUGUGCCCCUUGGAAGCACACACGCCCCUGCCUGCCUGUGCCUGCCUCACAGUGGCCUUUUCUUGUUCUUGUUGGCGUAGUACUGGUCCUCUCUCUCCUGCUCCUCCUGCGCUGACAGCACCAGCAUCUCCGCCUCGUCAACCGUCAAGUCGUCCAGACGAGCAAUCAGCACCUUCCGCUCGUAAUCGCGCAGCUGCACACAGAACACAUCACAUGAGACAGCGUCAACACAGCCACGUCACGUAUCCAUCCACCCUCCCCUCCCUCCCUCCCUCCCUCGCUCCCUCUGACUGACUGACUGACCUGUCGAGCGUAUGUGGUGUCUUUGGAGUAGACGCGGAAGACAUAAGUGAGUGUCCAAAUGAGUGUGGCGACGCCCACGGCGCCCACGCCAAACCACCGCUGGAGGUCGAACUCGUCCAUGCCCGUUGUCUCCAGGAUGUAGCUGUAGAGGAAGAACGGCGCUAUCGACAGGAACAGCGUGCCCAGGAUGACAUUGCCGCGGGUGAGGGGGAUGGGGAAGUCGUUCUUCUCCACGUCCUCCUCCCCCAGCUUGACCACGGCGGCCUUGAGCUCCUCGAUCAGCUGCCGCCGGUCCUCCUCGCUCAUUUCUUCUUCGUCUUGGCCGCCCUUCCCGUCGCCCUGUGCUGAUGCCGGUGUGACGGUCUUCGUGUCCGCAUCUGCCUGCCGCUGCGUCGGCUGCUGUGCCGGCGGUGCGAGAGAUGCCGACGGCUUCUCUGCGACUGUGUCGCUGAGCCUCGUCCACUGCGGUGAAAGGAGGGAUGCACGCCGGCCGAUAGAGGAGAGCCGCACGCCAGAUGGGGAGAAGCAGAGCAGCUGCUGCAGCGGUGCAGCUAGCAGCAGCAGCAGCAGCAGCGUACCUGAUGACAGAGAUGGCCACAUCUUU